AUGACGACCCAAAAAGUAGUAGACUCCCGAAUCCCAACACUGAUCCGCAAUGGCCUCCAAGAGAAGAAGCGCUCCUUCUUCGUCGUCGUUGGCGACCACGCCAAAGAUGCCAUCGUCCACCUCUACUACAUCAUGUCCAGCAUGGAGGUGAGGCACAACAAGCAGGUGCUCUGGACCUACAAGAACAAGCUCCUCGGCUUCACCUCCCACCGAAAGAAGCGAGAGAACAAGAUCAAGAAGGAAAUCAAGCGCGGGAUAAGAGAGGCCAACUCCGAGGACCCAUUCGAGCUGUUCAUCUCUCUCAACGAUAUCCGAUAUGUCUACUACAAGGAGACCGAGAAGAUCCUCGGUAACACCUACGGCAUGUUGAUCCUCCAAGACUUCGAGGCCAUGACGCCGAAUAUUCUCGCCAGGACGAUCGAGACAGUCGAGGGUGGUGGUCUGGUGGUUUUGCUGCUCAAGGGGAUGAACUCCCUGAAGCAGCUCUACACCAUGUCUAUGGAUGUCCACUCGAGAUACAGGACCGAGGCGCACGAUGACGUUGUGGCGAGGUUUAACGAGAGGUUUAUCCUUUCGCUCGGGAGCUGCGAUUCGUGCCUGGUCAUCGAUGACGAGUUGAACGUGUUGCCAAUUUCCGGAGGAAAGGGGGUGAAGGCGCUGCCACCACCGGAGGAGGACGAGCCAUUGAGCAAGACGAAGUUGGAGCUGGAGAAGAUCAAGGAUUCGUUGCAGGAUACACAGCCGAUCGGGUCGCUUGUGAAGCUUGCGAAGACGACGGACCAAGCGAAGGCCCUAUUGACGUUCGUCGAUGCGAUUGCGGAAAAGACGCUCAGGAAUACGGUCACGCUGACGGCUGCGCGUGGUCGCGGAAAGUCUGCGGCGAUGGGCGUUGCCAUUGCGGCGGCCGUGGCCUAUGGAUACAGCAAUAUCUUUAUCACUUCGCCAUCACCAGAAAACUUGAAGACACUGUUUGAGUUUGUGUUCAAGGGAUUCGACGCGCUUGAUUACAAGGACCACGCCGAUUACUCGAUCAUUCAAUCGACGAACCCAGAUUUCAACAAGGCGAUUGUCAGAGUCAACAUUCACAGAAAUCACCGUCAAACCAUUCAAUACUUCCGCCCUCAGGAUGCGCACGUUCUUGGACAGGCCGAGCUGGUGGUUAUCGAUGAGGCGGCUGCUAUUCCCCUUCCCCUUGUCAAGAAGCUCAUGGGCCCCUACCUGGUUUUCAUGGCCUCGACAGUCAGCGGUUACGAAGGUACCGGUCGGUCGCUUUCGCUCAAGCUGAUCAAGCAGCUCAGAGAACAGUCCAUGACUGGUGGAAACCCGAAUGGAUCUGGCACUGCCGAGGUAGACAGAGCAAGUGGAAAGACUACCAAGGAAACUGCCGGUAUUGGCGGUCGCUCCCUCAAGGAGAUCACCCUCUCCGAACCCAUUCGUUACGCCCAGGGCGACAGCGUGGAAAAGUGGCUCAACACCCUUCUCUGCCUCGAUGCGACACUCCCCAGGUCAAAACUCAGCACCCAGGGCUGCCCCGACCCUUCUCAGUGCGAGCUCCUCCACGUCAAUCGCGACACACUCUUCUCUUUUCACCCAGUCUCAGAGCGUUUCCUUCAGCAAAUGGUCGCGCUCUAUGUCGCUUCCCACUACAAGAACUCACCCAAUGAUCUUCAGCUCAUGUCUGAUGCGCCCGCCCACGAGCUUUUCGUGCUUACCGGACCCAUCUCGGAAGGGAGACUGCCAGAACCACUGUGCGUCAUCCAGGUGUCUCUGGAAGGUAAAAUCAGCAGACAGAGCAUCCUCAACAGCUUGGCCAGAGGGUCACAGCCAGCCGGUGAUUUGAUCCCCUGGCUGGUCUCCCAACAAUUCCAAGAUGACGAGUUCGCCUCUCUCUCCGGCGCCCGCGUUGUCCGUAUCGCCACCAACCCCGACUACGUCUCCAUGGGCUAUGGCUCCAAGGCUUUGGAGUUGUUGGUCAACUACUACGAGGGCAAGUUCGCCAACCUGUCCGAGGAUGACGAUGCGACCAUGGCCCAAGCCGCCCCAAGAGUCACGGGUGCCGAGCUGGAGAGAGGCAGUCUGUUCGAUGACAUCAAAGUCAGAGACAUGUCUGAGCUCCCUCCCCUGUUCGCCAAACUGGCAGAGAGGAGACCGGAAAAACUGGACUAUGUCGGUGUGAGCUACGGUUUGACGCAGCCGCUGCACAAGUUCUGGAAGAGGUCACAGUUUGCUCCGGUUUACCUGAGGCAAACGGCGAAUGACUUGACAGGUGAGCACACGUGUGUCAUGCUCAGGCCGUUGCAGGACAGCAAUGACUCGACUUGGCUGGGGGCUUUUGCGAAUGACUUCCACAAGAGGUUUUUGUCGCUGUUGAGUUACAAGUUUAGGGAGUUCCCCUCCAUCUUGGCGUUGACGAUUGAGGAGAGCGCGCAUGCGGGUGCCGAGUUGGACCCGUCAGCCAAGGCUGGGGAAUUGAGCAAGGCCGAGUUGGACAACGUGCUCACUCCUUUUGACCACAAGAGGUUGGAGUCGUAUUCGAACGGGUUGCUUGAUUACCACGUUGUGCUGGAUCUUGUUCCUACUAUCGCCCACUUGUUCUUUAACGGCAAGUUGAAGGAUGUCAAGCUCAGUGGGCUGCAGCAGGCGAUUUUGCUGGCGGUUGGUUUGCAGAGGAAGGAGGUGGAUGUGGUGGCGGAUGAGUUGAACCUGCCGGCGAGUCAGCUGCUGGCGAUUUUCAUCAAGAUUAUGAGGAAGAUUGUGUCGCAUUUGAGCUCGGUGGUGUCGGGGGCGAUUGAGGCUGAGAUGCCGGAUCAGGGCAGGCUCGGGGUGAGCAGGGAGAAUGCUUCGGGUGUGCAUGAUGAUGAGGUGGUGGACCACAAGUUUGUGCCGUUGGAGACGAGCUUGGAGGAUGAGUUGGAGGAGGCGGGGGACGAGGCUGCUGCGGAGCUGAGGAAGAGGCAGAGGGAGAUGAUUGAUUCUUUGCCUUUGGAUCAGUAUGAGAUUGAAGACGACGAGACAGUCUGGAGGGAUGCCGAGAAACAGGUGCUCAAGGCGGCCAAGAGCGGCAAGUCAGGGACAACGGUGAGCGUCAAGACCAAGACAAAGCGCAAGGCUGUUGAGGAUGGUGGUGAGGAGAAGGGACACUCCAAGGCGAAGAAGCCCAAGAAGGAGAAGAGCAGCAAGAGGUAA